AUGUCGUCGUCGUGCGAUGCGAAAUCAUCAUCCGCGUCGCCGAUGUUCGCGAAGAAAAAAGAAGCACCACUACCGCGACGAAAACGAGAACAGCAACAUCGACGAAACAAAAAAGGUUUUUUGGUCGUUUCGAGGACAGUUUCGACGACACAAAAGGCUUUGGCGGUUUCCUCGGGGAGUCGUCGUCAGGAAGAGGAGGCAAAGGAAAACGACGAAGGAGGCACGACGACGACGACAGAAAGGAAGAGAAAAAUGUUGAGCAGAAGAGACGCUUUGACGACGACGUCGUUAUUCUCCUGGAUGAUGAUGAUGAUGAUGGAGAAUGAUAACAGUACCACGAAGUUCUUCGCGUUCGCCUCGGGCGAGGAAGGCGCGGCGGCUGUGAAUAUGACGGCGAGAGAACUGCAAGAUCAAUACUGGGCGAAACUCGCGUCGCGAGAAUCCGCGUAUUACACGUACUGGUGGGCGUUACCGUUAGCGCCGUACAAGACGAAAACGACGUUCAUAACCAACCCGACGUUUAACGAAGAAAGAGUGAUUAUCGACGCGGAAGGGAAUCGAACGGUUCUGAAAGAAAACGUCCUCGCGGAGAAAGUGUGGACUUUUGAUCAGUUGCAAGGGUUGUUGGACGUGUACGUGAACGUGAGAAUGACGGUGGUGAAACUGAAAAACGGCGGGUUGUGGGUGCACAACCCGGUCGCGCCGACGAUGGAAGUCAUCGACGCCGUGAAAAAGUUGGAAGAGAAACACGGCAAGGUGAAACACAUCGUCGUAGGAAGCGUAGCUAUUGAACAUAAGAUUUAUAGCGGACCGUUCGCGCAGUACUUCCCGGACGCGGACGUGUGGUUGCCGAAAGACGAUUGGACGUUUCCGGUGAACGUGAAGCUGGCAGAUUUCGUUCCCAUCUUUCCGAACAAACCGAAAUAUUUACCCUUGAGCUCAAAAGAACGAAGCGAAGAGACGAACGAUUUCGUCCCUUGGAAAGACGAAAUCGAACACGAAACCUUGAAAGUCGGCGGCUCGUCGUUGCGAAACUUUAAAGACCCGUGGUUCGUGGAUACCGCGUUUUACGUAAAAGAAACGAAAUCGUUGGUGUUAACCGACGUCCUCGAAAAAGUUUCCAAUAAACCCGUCCCGGUGGCGACGAUUGACCCGGAACCACUGUACGUGCGCGCGAUGGAUAAACAAGGCGAAUCGAAACCGAUGACUUCGGAAACUCGAUCCGAGGGGUGGGGCAAAACCGUUUUGUUCGGUUUGUUGUUCAACCCGGACUCGGUGGACGUGAAAAUUUCCUUACCGAACGCCGCGGAUGAUUUAUUAGACGCGUUUACUUGGGACGCGAGCUGGAAACCGGCGUUCGAAAACCUCACCAAACGCAAACACGGGUUCGUCCCUCCCGUCCUAGCUUUGCUCGCCUUCCCGAGACGCAAAAAGGAAGUCCGCGAGUGGACCAAAAAAGUCUGCGAGGACAACUCGUGGGCGUUCACGCACGUCGUCCCGGCGCACUUGGACGGCCCGUUCGAGUGUUCCCCGACUGAAUUCCAAUCCGCCAUCGAAUACUCCUUAGUCACCUCUCCGGAAGAAAACUUUGGCAAAGACGCGUUCACCUUGAUGGAAGUCUCUCGAUUGAGCGAAGAGAUUGGUUCCUUGGAGAAACCUAUUUAA